AUGCAUGUCUGGCGAGGUCUUUGGCUCAUAGGCCAGCUUGGACUUCUUGUCCAGGCAUCCCAUCACCAUCAUCAACACGAGCAUAUACAUGCAAGUCACCACGGUGCUCUACAGCAAGCCUCAGCACCUGGGCCUGCGCCAGCGUCAAUCACCAGUGUCGCGCCUGCAGCCCAAGAGACUUCAGAUGCGGCUGACGCUGUUGCCAGUGCUCUCAAGGUCUUGAGGACACUGAACAAGCUUCGGCUGGAGAAUGUGCAGUACAACAAGUAUGAUAUGGGCACUUCCGACCAAGUGCACCCGGCCCCUGACUCUGCGCCUCUCGACUACACCCAAAAGGCCGCCGAAGAGGCAGGCGAUGAGCGGCGCACGCGCAGAGAUUCCGGAUCAAAUGAAAAGUAUGGAUACUCGAUCCCUGAUGAGCUCAGAGAGGCUGCGAGGGUUGUUGCCGAGUCGGAACCCCCUGCUCCCUCGAAUGGCAAUCACAGUGCCGUUGCUGCUCUGAUGGAUCGGAAGUACGGAACCGGCAGGCCAGAUACCUUUGUUCCGUCGCAGGCAUUUCACACUUACAACGGACUGGCUCAGGUCGUCAUGGAUGGCAAGGACGAGGUAAGCUUCGGGGAGAAUGGGACAGAGGGCGCCUUGAGGAAGCGGGUGAGUCCAACCUGGUGGAUGGCUACGAUGGCGCAGCGGGGAAGCAGCCCUCAUGCCCCUUCUGGGUAUAAAGUCUGGAGGAAUGUCGUGGACUAUGGUGCUAAGGGUGAUGGUGUGACUGACGACACCGCGGCUAUCAACCUUGCCAUCUCCGACGGUGGGCGUUGCGGUGCAAAUUGCGGGUCCAGCACAGUGUACCCCGGUGUCGUCUACUUCCCACCAGGCAGCUACCUGGUCAGCAGUCCGAUAAUCCAAUACUACAACACUCAGCUAAUCGGUGACCCGCUUGACCUCCCUACGAUUCUCGGCGCGGCGAGCUUCGUUGGCCUGGGCGUCAUCACGUCAGAUGUCUAUGUUGGCGACCAGGAGGAGUGGUACAUCAACACCAAUAAUUUCCUUCGCAGUGUGCGCAAUUUCAAGAUUGACAUCACGCGCACUGACCAGGCAGCAUACAUUUGCGCCAUUCAUUGGCAAGUGGCGCAGGGCACCUCUCUUGAGAAUAUCUACUUCUACAUGACCCAGGACGCCAGUACCACCCAACAGGGAAUCUACAUGGAAAACGGAAGUGGUGGCUUCAUGUCCGAUCUGACCUUUGUCGGCGGGAACUUUGGCGCAUACCUGGGAAAUCAACAGUUUACCACAAGCCACUUAGACGUUGUUAUUGAGAGCUGCACUACUGGAAUCAUCAUUGUUGGCGGAGCGGGUGGCCCUUUCAGCACCAGUCAAGCGGUCGGAUCCUUUGCCUUGGUCGACGCCAUCAUCGCUAAUACCGCGACCGGAAUCACGACUACCCUGUACAACAAGAACUCGACUGCUCUACUGCUGCAGAAUGUUGGGUUCUAUAACACACAGAACGCCAUUCUGGACAGCAACGUCAACAAAGUCCUUAUUCCCGGCAGCGACCAAACCAUCCUUGACUCCUGGGGGUUUGGAAUGGUCAAUGAUCCCGAAGGCGCCAGGUUUGUCUCCGGUGUCAAACUCCAGGCAGCCAACCGCUCUUCGUCUCUUGUGGGCGACACUGUCUACAAUGUUGGACACCCCAAUUUCUUCAACCGUCGGCGGCCGAAAUACAAUGACAUCGGAAACUCGCAAGUUCUUGAUGUUAAGGCCCUUGGAGCAAAGGGUGACGGCAAAACCGAUGACACAACGGUGUUGAAUAGUGUUCUUGCCCGUGGUGCUAAUAUGUCCUCGAUUGUCUUCUUUCCUUAUGGUGUUUAUGUUAUCAAGGAUACACUCAAGAUCCCGCAAAACUCGCGGAUCUUGGGCCAAGCCUGGUCUCAGAUCAUGGCAAUUGGUUCUAAAUUCGAGGAUGUACGGAAUCCUCGGGUCGCAGUAAAGGUAGGGAAUGAGGGUGAUGUUGGCAUUGUUGAAAUCCAGGACCUCCUUUUUACUGUCUCGGGCCCUACCGCAGGCGCUGUGCUGGUGGAGUGGAAUAUUCACGAGUUAUCUCAGGGGUCCGCUGGGCUAUGGGACUCUCACUUUCGGGUUGGCGGUGCUGCAGGGUCUUCUCUGCAAGCCAAAGACUGCCCCAAAGGCGACGGUGUCAAUGAAGCCUGCAUCGCGGCUGUGUUGAUGCUACGGCUGACACACAGAUCGUCUGCCUAUUUGGAGAACGUCUGGGUAUGGACGGCUGACCAUGACCUGGAUGUUGCCUCACAGGAUCAAAUCGACGUUUAUUCCGCUCGUGGCCUUUUGAUUGAAAGCCAGGGUCCCACUUGGCUGUAUGGAACCGCUUCUGAACACCAGGUCUUCUAUCAAUACGAGCUCUAUCAAGCAAAGGACAUUGUGCUGGGUAUGAUCCAGACCGAGUCUCCCUACUACCAGCCAGUGCCACCGGCCCCCGAACCAUUCACGCCUGGUCUUUUCCCAGGAGACCCGGAUUUCAGCAAUUGCACGUCCACGUCCACAACCUGUGCUUUUGCCUGGGGGAUGCGGAUCCUGGAUUCCUCAUCGGUGCAUCUCCUUGGAGCUGGCUUUUACAGUUGGUUCUCCGACUAUUCUCAAGACUGCGCGGAUAAGGACUACUGCCAGGACCGCAUUUUCCAGAUCGAGCAAAGCUACGAUGUCUGGAUCUACAACCUGAUCACCAAGGCUGCGUUGGAAAUGGUGAGCCCUGUUGGCCAAGUCCCAACAUACGCCAAGGACAACAAGAACGGCUUCCUUUCCUCUUUGCUCGCCUGGGUCCGAGGGCCCAAGGAAGUGGUGGGCGGCCGCGAGUUUCGGGGCUUCUACAUUUGGAACUCCAACUCGGACUCGGACUCGGACGCGCUCAAGGGCCUUCCGAAUGCUUGCCAGACUUCGCUCACGCAGUUAGUCAAGUGCGACCCGUACGCAACGAUGUUCCUGGACAAUAAAUACAGAGGGUCCCUGAAUAACAUGAGCCUGACCGAUUCUGUUUGCGAUAACAGCUGUGGCGCGUCCUUGCAGAGCUGGUUUCACAAUGUCGAGACAAACUGCGCGGACUACAAUGUCUCUGGAUCCGCUGCUACUAAGUACGGUGGCCAGGUCUGGUCUGGUUGGAACGAAACUUGUCUCAAGGACCCUACCAGUGGUGAAUACUGCAAUGAUGAGAUUGCAGGGUUCACCCCAGUUGAUUUCUUGCAAGAUAUGCCCAAAAACGAGCUCUGCUCUUUCUGCUUUGUCGAGAGACUGGAGAUAAUGCAGCGCUCGCCUUACUCCUUCUACGACAAAAGCUUCCAAACGCAGCUGGAGGUCGUGAAUGCGCAGUGUGGCCUAUCUGCUCCCACCGCCAUGCCCCCCUCUUUGGAUGCUCCGCCAGAGUUCCCACCCGACCCCAUCUGCGCCUCUAAUCAAACGCACACGACGGUCCUUGGUGACACAUGUGACUCCAUCGCCCUAGCGUACAGCGUGUCAUCGGCAGCGCUGGUCAUGGCAAACUCCCGCCACCUCAUGCUCUGCGAGAACCUACCCGCAGACAUGGAUCUUUGCCUACCAACCAGCUGUUCGGGCACCUACCAGCUCAAGAGCAACGACACCUGCAGCUCCAUCGAGAGAGCGUCCUUCUACGCCCCAGGCACCGUUCGAAAAUAUAACGCCUGGGUAGCGUGGGACUGCUCGAAUCUCCAAACCACCACAGAAGCCUGGGGCCACGUAAUCUGCCUAGAGGGUCAAGGUGGGAACUAUACGGCCACAGCCCCGAUCCCCGGGGUCACCUUGGCUCCAGGCGAAGGCAAUUCCGGGUACUCAGGGUCUGUUGUUGAUCCUCCGUCGAAUGCCACUGUUGCUGAGGGCACGAGCUUAAAGUGCGGGAAAUGGCAUGUGCCUGCAGAGGACGAAUCUUGUGCCCGCAUCUGUCUUGCAGAGUCAAUCACGUUUGCCCUGUUUACGCAGGUGAACCCGUCGCUUCAGGGCGAGGAUUGCUCUGCUGCUUUGGUUGUUGGGAAUGCUUACUGUGUCGCCCCUAAUCCGGGAUGGGCUGGUUCUCAGCCUCCCGUUGCUUCGAGCAGUGCUGUCCCGAGCCCUAACUAG